ACUCUUUAGAUCUCCCUUGAAGAGGGCUGGUAUAUUUGUGCCUGCUGGAGGUGGAAUUAACUGUAAGAAGGAGAAAGGGAGUGAAUGGACUUAGAGGACGGUUUUCAAGUAAAUACAGGGAAACACAUUUACUUGAAUAGUACAACCUUGAGUCGUAUUUGACACUAAGACGACACAAAAGAUGUUAAAGUUAUCACCAAGCUGCCGGACAAAUAGAUAUUCCAACACCAAGGUGCAGAUCAGCAUAGAUCUGUGAUGCAGAAAUCAGGAUUUGUCUUGGAAAGAGCUUCAGGGUUGAGAAGAACUCAAGAGCAAGUGAAGAUAACUUUGGGAACUACAGUUUAUCAGAAGAUCAACUUUCGUUAAUUCAAAUACCAAAGGCCUGAUUAUCAUAAAUUCAUAUAGGAAUGCCUAGGUCAUCUGAUCAAAUAAUAUUAGCCGUCUUCUGCUACAUCAAUGCAGCAAAAACUCUUAACAACUGUGGAUAAUUGGAAACUUGAGUUUCAGCUUUCUUAGAAAUAACUACUCUUGACAUAUUCCAAAAUAUUUAAAAUAGGGCAGGAAAAUCAGUGAGGAUGUUGGGUACAGAAAUGUCACUGUCAUGAAGAAUAGGUAAAUUUGUUUUUUCUGCUACUGGGAAAUUGUACCUCCUUGAAACUUAGAUUCUUUUUUAAGAGGACAAGAAGGACUAAAAACAUCAACUUUGCUUUUGGACAAAAAUGCAUCUGAGUGUAUUUUUAUUUAGGGGUAUUGUGGGUUUCCUCUGGAGCUGCUGGGUUUUACUGGGUUAUGCAAAAGGAGGUUUGGGAGACAAUCAUGUUCACUCCAGUUUUAUUUAUAGAAGACUACGGAACCAUGAAAGACGGGAAAUACAGAGGGAAAUUCUCUCUAUCUUGGGUUUGCCUCACAGACCCAGACCAUUUUCACCUGGAAAGCAAGCUUCCUCUGCACCUCUCUUCAUGCUGGACCUAUACAAUGCGAUGGCCAAUGAAGAAAAUCCUGAGGAGUCGGAAUACUCAGUGAGGGCAUCCCUGGCAGGAGAGGGCAGAGGAGCAAGAAAGGGAUACCCAGCCUCUCCCAAUGGGUAUCCUCGUCGCAUACAGUUAUCUCGAACGACUCCCCUGACCACCCAGAGUCCUCCUCUAGCCAGCCUACAUGAUACCAACUUUCUGAAUGAUGCUGACAUGGUCAUGAGCUUUGUCAACUUAGUUGAAAGAGACAAGGAUUUUUCUCACCAGCGAAGGCAUUACAAAGAAUUCCGGUUUGAUCUUACUCAAAUUCCUCAUGGAGAAGCAGUUACAGCAGCUGAAUUUCGAAUAUACAAGGACCGGAGCAACAAUCGAUUUGAAAAUGAAACAAUUAAGAUUAGCAUAUAUCAGAUCAUCAAGGAAUAUGCAAAUAGGGAUGCAGAUCUGUUUUUGUUAGACACAAGAAAGGCCCAGGCUUUAGAUGUGGGUUGGCUUGUCUUUGAUAUCACUGUGACCAGCAAUCAUUGGGUGAUUAAUCCACAGAACAAUUUGGGCUUACAACUCUGUGCAGAAACAGGAGAUGGACGCAGUAUCAACGUCAAAUCUGCUGGUCUGGUGGGCAGACAUGGGCCUCAGUCAAAACAACCGUUCAUGGUGGCUUUCUUCAAGGCGAGCGAGGUACUCCUGCGAUCCGUGAGAGCAGCCAACAAACGGAAAAACCAAAACCGCAGUAAAUCCAGCUCUCACCAGGACUCCUCCAGAACGGCCAGUGUCGGAGAUUAUAAUACAAGUGAACAAAAACAAGCCUGUAAGAAGCAUGAGCUCUAUGUGAGUUUCCGGGAUCUGGGAUGGCAGGACUGGAUAAUAGCACCAGAAGGAUAUGCUGCAUUUUAUUGUGAUGGAGAAUGUUCUUUUCCACUCAAUGCCCAUAUGAAUGCUACCAACCAUGCCAUAGUUCAAACUCUGGUUCAUCUGAUGUUUCCUGACCACGUACCAAAGCCUUGUUGUGCUCCAACCAAAUUAAACGCCAUCUCUGUGCUAUACUUUGACGACAGCUCCAAUGUCAUUUUGAAAAAAUACAGAAACAUGGUAGUGCGCUCCUGUGGCUGCCACUAAUAUUAAAUAAUAAUGGAAAUAAGAAAAAGAUCUGUAUUAAGGUUUAUGGCUACAAUAAAAAGUAUACUUUCAGACAAAAGGAGAAUU